AUGACCGCGUUAGACGACCUGCCCACAGUGAGCUCCUUCUUGGGGAUCGACUUGAAAACUGGAUCGUUGAUUAUAGCUGCUAUUUGUAUUGUCCACCCCAUGGCAUACGGCUGCUCGUUCUUCAUGUCCAUCAGCUACCUCAUCGUCACCAUUUGGAUCCUGGUGGCUCUCUUCUUCGCGGCAAGCGUCGGUUUAUUUUUUGGUGUUUACAGGGACGAUGCCCUACUAUGCCACAUCUGGAUCUGGUACGCGCUGGUAUUCGUGGCGGUGAUGUUGAUGCUGAUGAUCAUGCUAGUGCUGCUGUUCACCUCCAGGAGGCAGAGGAACAGGGUCUGCGUGGCUAUUUUCGGCAUGCUUUGGUAUAUAUUGACAAUAUACUUCAUACUUGUGGUGAACAGCUAUCGUAAGCAAUUGGACAAAGAUUGGACUUCACCGGACGCAGAGCCAGAGUCGAGAACGAGUAGAGAAGACUUGAAUUUGAAUUUAUUCCCUAGUAAUAUGACUUUUAUUUAG